AACGCUGGCCGGCAGAAACGUUGCGGCCAUAGCGAGCGAUACACGCGGGCGCGGGAAAUACGUGUUCGUUAUUUGAAAUUGUGUGUUUUUUUUUAAUUUUCUUCUACGCUUAGGUUGACGGACAUUCAACGAUGCAGAACCUCAUAAGAUCAGCAAUCCUGCUACUCGCAGUAGCAGCUACAUGUGCUGCGCCAGCAUCCAACAACAACCUGACAGAGGACAAAAAGGAGCCGACCACGCACGAGCUCCUCAGUUCCCUGGGGCUCAAGAAGCUAAGAGUACCCGCUGCUCACCACAGGAAGAGACUAGCAGAACAGGGCAGGCGACAUGGAACAGGCGACUCCAGGAUGUACGUCAUCAAAUUACCCCCAAACAUGAACUAUUAUAGUAACAUAGACCCCGCGCCAGCCGCAGCCAGGACUCUGCCGCUACAAAUGACAAGCAAUGGUAAACCAGCCAGGGUCUACCACUGGAACCUACCAGUUCUCCAUAAGCUUGCGAAGAACAGACCACAAGCAAGGCUCAAUGAUGAUAAUAUUGUAGACGUGGAGAGCACACCCACCUGGCCGAAAAGACACCCGAAUUCAAUAGAAGCAAUGGCGUAUUACGUUCCCGCGAAGAAACCGUCUUUCAGGAAGUAUUAUUCGGGGAAUGGAAAACCUAAAUCUUUCUACGUUCUGGAGAAGAACAAGAGUGCCGUGGAGUAUCACAAGCUAUUGCCGUAAUUUCAUAUGUAAAUGUCAAACUUGUAUUGGAUCGCUUAUAUAUUGCUAAUAUUUGUAAUUUAGGACGUUUGGCUAAAUCGAAAUAUUCCAAAAAUUCAUCGAAAAGCUUAUCGUGUUUUGAAAGAUCAAAAUUUCAUUUUUAUUGUUUAUUAAUAUUUACAAAAUAUGUAUGACAUGAAAAUUAAAAUAUCAUAACCAUCGCUUUAAUCGUUUAUAAUUAAAGUGUUAAACUGUAUCUGAUCGUAACUGCAUUUAUUUUAAUUUUUCUGUUAUCCUAAUUUAAAUCUCUUAGGUUUUUAAAACAUUCAGUGAAUAACGUAUUCGCCAAAAGAUAGGGCAGAUGCUAAUUGCCAUUCAGCCUUGUUUCAUUUGAGUUAAGACGUUGGGACAUGCAUUUAUAUGUGUCACAGAUU